CAGACCCGCUGAGGAUGCCGCAGUGAGGGGGUGCCUGCUGCCCCCCCGCCUGCCGUGCUAUGGCCGCACAUGGCCUCAGCUGGGCCGCAGCACUAUAGCUGUAGCGCCGGGCUCACGCUCAGCGCCCCGCAGCCGGCCUGCGAGAGCCGGGCCUGGCCCCCGGUCCCGCAGCACAUCAAGCCCAUCUGGAGGCUGGAGAGGAAGCAUGUGAGGGCUCCACCGGUCCCCAGCCUGCUCCACCCGGGGCCCCCCGGCGUCCCCCCCCUGCCUGUGCCAUGCCCUGGUGACGCUGCCCACUCUGGCCUGCCCCUGCCCUUCCCCAGCUCCCCAGGGAGCACGCUGCUCUACCGCCGAUCCUACGCCCGGCAGAGACCCUACCAGCGGCUUGAGUCCAUCUGUCUACGCUCGAGCACUCUCAAGCGCUGGUCGGUCCCUCUCCCUCCCCAGGGCCCCCCAGCCAGCAACUUCGCCCAGGGCCCUGGCAUGCUGUCAGCUGCCCCAGAGCUGGCCCCGCUGCCGCGGGCGCCUAAAGACCGCCCCCCUUCACCUAAAGGCUCCCCUCUGGGCUCGGGGCAGCCAGCUCCCGGUCCCUACAGACCCGUGCUGAACAACAAUGCCUUCCUGCGGCCAAGCAGUGCCCGAGUGCCUUCGCCCCCAUCCCCCGAGAGCAAGAGAGGGAAGAGUUCCCUGCGGCCGCUCGCCAUGUCCUGGGCCCGCACUGGGGGCACCGGAGACAGCUCCGCUGCAGGCCUUGAGAACAGACCCAUGAAGGGGCCCCAGCUGGCUGUCCUGGCCCGCCGGCCCCCCGGCCCUGAGGGCCCAGCCUCAUGGUGCCUGGAAGACGCGGAGAGUCGGCUGCGGAGCCUGAAGACCAGGGAGCGCAAGAUCCAGCUGACGGAGGCUGUAAGGCAGCUGAGGGGGAUGGAGAGCCCCUGCCAAGACUACAGCUGGCACCUCGACGCUGUCUGUCCAGCUGCCAGCGGCCUCUGCUGCGAUGUACUCCCUGUGGCCGGGCGCUGGAGACCGCACCUCCUCGCCCAGCUGAGCCCCCAGGCUGCCCUGGCCCCCCAGAGCUCUGAGCCGAGGCGUGGCAGCCUCCCUGGGGGCCGGAGCCCUCCCAGUGCCGGUGCCUGCACAAAGCGCGUCAGCGUUCAGCUCCUGGCCCCCAGCACCAAAGCGCCCGCCCCUCCGUCCUGUCGUGGGCUGGACCUCCUGUCGCUGAGCGAUGGGGACACAGCUAGGCCCAUGCACCUCACCGCUGUCUCCAGAGUCGCUGCCCAGAUCCCCACCGUCCAGCUAGACGAGGACAAGUGCAAGGCCAUGGGCAUGCCGAGGGUAUCCCCGCAGCUCCCGGACACUGCCCCCAGUGAGCCUGAGGAUGAGGCAGAAGAGGAGCUUCCUGAUGGGCUGGAUGAUGAGAGCCAGGAUGGGGAGGAGGAAGAGGAGGACGGCGAGUCAGACAGCUCCUCUGUCAUGGGCCUGUCACCCAGCGGGUCGGUGGCGCUCAUAUCCAGAAGCUGCCAGGAGGGCCUGGCACAGCAGGUGGAGGCCCAGGAGCGGGUGCUCAGACCAGCCCUCUUGGGCAGCCUCUUCCCCAACAUGCCCCCCACCAUCUACUUCGGGACCUGCGACGAGAGAGUGGAGAAGCUGCCCUGGGAACAGCGGCGCCUGCUGCGGUGGAAGAUGAGUUCAGUCACCCCCAAUGUCGUGAAGCAGACAGUCGCCCGCUCACACUUCAGAGUCAGCAGAAGGAACAGCGACUGGCUGGGCUGCUGGGGCCACCACAUGAAGUCUCCAGCCUUCCGCAUCAUCAAGGAGCACCAGAAGAUCAACCACUUCCCCGGCUCAUUCCAAAUCGGGCGCAAGGACCGGCUGUGGCGGAACCUGGCCAAGAUGCAGACACGCUGCGGCAAGCGGGACUUCAACUUCUUCCCCCAGUCCUUCAUUCUGCCCCAGGACAUCCGGGGGCUGCGCCAGGCCUGGGAGGAGGGUGGCACCCGCCAGAAGUGGAUCGUGAAGCCGCCGGCGUCGGCAAGAGGCAUCGGCAUCCAGGUCGUCCACAAAUGGAGCCAGCUGCCCAAGCGCCGGCCGCUGCUGGUGCAGAGGUACCUGCAUAAGCCCUACCUCAUUGGAGGCAGCAAAUUCGACCUGCGCAUCUAUGUCUACGUCACGUGCUAUGACCCGCUGCGCAUUUACCUCUUCAGGGAUGGGCUUGUGCGCUUUGCCAGCUGCAAGUACUCAUCCUCUAUGAAGAGCCUCGGCAACAAGUUCAUGCACCUGACCAACUACAGCGUGAACAAGAAGAACACAGAGUACAAGGCCAAUGCCGACGAGACCGCCUGCCAGGGCCACAAGUGGGCACUGAAAGCACUUUGGAGCUACCUGAGCCAGAAGGGGGUGAACAGCGAGGCCAUCUGGGAGAAGAUCAAGGACAUUGUCGUCAAGACCAUCAUCGCGUCGGAGCCCUACGUGACAAGCCUGGUGAAGAUGUACGUGCGGCGCCCGUACUGCUGCCACGAGCUCUUCGGCUUCGAUGUCAUGCUGGACGAGAACCUCAAGCCCUGGAUCCUGGAAGUCAACAUCUCCCCAAGCCUCCAUUCCAACUCGCCGCUGGACAUAAACAUCAAGGUGCGUCGGGGCCGGGGCCCGGCCCAAUCCUCCUCCCGCGGCUGGUCCCUGCCUUCAGCUCCCAGCUACAUUGUGAACAGGGCAGAGAUCCUGAGCUUUGUUAUGGACCCUCACUCCUUCCCACAGGUCCCUGAGGUCUCAUGGGUUGGAGUUAUGGGAGAAGCCCUGAGCAGCACCGCAAGGGAGAAGCCCCGGCCGGCCCCAGAGCAACUGGUGGCCGAGAAGAUGAAGAGGGCAUAUUACCUGACGCAGAAGGUGCCCAACCAGGAUUUCUACACCUCGGUGCUGGAUGUGCUGACGCCGGAUGAUGUGCGGGUGUUGGCAGAGACAGAGGACGAGCUCUCGCGGCGUGGGCAGUUCGAGCGGGUCUUCCCCGGGCCUGGCGCCUCCCGCUACCUGCGCUUCUUCGAGCAGCCGCGCUACUUCAACAUCCUCACGGCCCAGUGGGAGCUCCGUUACCACCUGUGCAAGGGCAAAGGCUUGGAGCUGCUGCGGAGCUGGUGCCGCCAGGGCUUCCAUGCGGGGGUAGCAACGGAUGCACCGCUGUGGUCUCUGCCCAGGUCCCAUCUCCUCCAGAAGAGCAACCCCCACCUCAACGGCUUCAGCAAGCUGGACCCCAGCCGCAUCAGCCGGCUCAGAAUAGCAGCGCCGGGGCGGCUGCAUGGAGCUGCCCGUCGCCACCCAGCAGGCUCCCACGUGGCCCCACGGGCCCCGUGCUGGGAGGCUGGGGCCCAGGAUGUGGGGCUGGGCCUGGGGGACGCAGGAGCCGACGUGCAGGGCAUGGAGGUCGAGGCCACGGAGCCGGAGCCCCAGGCCACGAGCUCGGGGGAGCCGGAGCCGGUGCCGGACGCGGAGCCGCUGGGGCUGGGCCCGGAGGUGGAGUUCCAGGCGCCGGACGCCGAGGCGUACAUGCGCUUCAUGAUGAGCCACUGCUGCUACGACGCCAUGCCCACCAGCUCCAAGCUCGUCAUCUUCGAGACUUCGCUUGAGAUCAAGAAGGCCUUCCUGGCCAUGGUGGCGAACGGCGGCCUGCUGGGGGGGGCUCUGACCUCAGGGACCCCCUGA